AUGGGUAGGGGGAAUAAAGAAAAAAAGAGAGAAAAAAGUAAAAAUUCCUUAAAAUUGACAAACAGAAAAAAAAAAAAAAACUUAGUGGGAAACAGCAAAAGUGAAGAUAACGAUAUUGAUAAUAUAAACAGUGAAACUAAUGAACAAUUCUCAGAUAUAUUAAAUGAAAAUAAUAGUAAAAGAAAUAAUAUUGAAAAUGAUGAAUUAAAUUAUGAAAAUAAAGUAGAAAACUGUUUAAAUAAUAAUUCCAUUUUCGACAUGAAUUAUGAUAAAGUGGAAUGUUUAGAAUCCCUUAAUGAAAAUUUAGGAAAGAAUAAUGCUAUAGCAUCAGACUUGCAAGAUAAUAUAUCGAAUGAAUUACAGGAUAAGAAAUCAUAUAAAGAAAAGAAGAAAAGUGAAAAAAAUAAAAUUAAAAAAGAAGAAAUAAACACAAAAGAAGAUAAAAUUAGAGAAUUCAAAGUUAAAGAUAGUAGUAAUUCGGAAAGUAGUAAUGAAGGUGACAAAGAUAACAAUAUAAGUUGUAAAAGUAAGAAGUGCCUAACAGAAGAUAAAGAUAAAGAAGAUAAUAUGGAAAAUAAGGACAAAGAAAAUAAUAAUAAGGAAAAUAAAAAUAGAGAUAAUAUUAUUAUAAAAGGUUGUGAUAGUAACAGCAUUUCGUAUUCUGAUAAUAAUGAAUGUAACAAUAAUACAAGUAAAGGAAUUUUAAAUUAUGAUAAUUCAAGUAAUAUAAAUAACAAGGAAAACUUAGAAACUGGAAAAAUUAUAGAUAAUGAUGAUAGUAAAAAUGGUAAAAUAGAAUCGAAGAAAAAUAUAAAAUUUGAUAAUAAUAAAAGUAAUAAUAAUAAUAAAGCUAAAAAUGAUACAAAAGAUGAAGAAGUCAUUCUUAAUAAUGAAACUAAUACAGAUAACUCAAAAAACAAGAAGAAUAAAAAAUAUAUAAAAACAAAUGAUACUAUUACUAAAGCUAAGUUAAAUUUAAUAAACACAAAUAAUAAUGAUUUAAAUUAUACAAAUGAAAAAAAAUGUUCAGAAAAUAAUAAAUGUACAAUAGUAAAAACCUUAAAUCAUGAUAAGAUGAAUAAUGAUAAUAAUAAUAUUAAUAAUGAUAACAAUAACCAUAAUAAUAGUAAUAGUAAUAAUAACAAUAAUAGUAGCAACAACAAUAAUAAUAAUGGUAAUGAUAAUAGAAAUAAUAAUAAUAAUAAUAAUAAUAAUAAUAAUAAUAAUAAUAAUAAUAAUAAUAAUAAUAAUAAUAAUAAUAAUAAUAAUAAUAGCAAUAGUAAUAAUAAUAAUAGUAAUGAUAAUAGCAAUAAUAAUAAUAAUAGCAAUGGUAAUAAUAAUAAUAGUAACAAUAAUGAUGAUGAUGAUAAUAACAAAACAAAUAAUAAAUUAGAGGUCAUUGUAGAAAGUAAGAAAAAUAAAGAUAAAGAAAAUAACUUAAUAAAUAGUGUAAAACAUAUUAAAGAAGCAAACAAUAUACUACAAGAAAAUAUUACAAAAAAUUCUGAUAUUUUGAAAAUAGAUGAAAAGAUAAAUGACGUAAAUAAUAAAAUUUUUAAAAAAAGAGAAGCAAAUAAAAAAAAGAAUAUAGAUAAAGAAUUGAAUAAAGAAGGUAUGCAUAAGAAGAAAGCGAAAGAAAAAGAAACUAAUAAAGAAGAAUUUUGUAAUAAAAAAAAUACAAAAGAAGAAAUAAAUAAAAGAAAAAAUGAAAAGGAAGAGAUAAUUAAAAAGAAAAUGGACGAAAAAGAAAUAAAUAAUGAAAGAAUUAACAAUGAAGAAACGGUUCAUAAAGAGGUAGAAAAUGGAGAAUUACCUAUACUUAAAGAACAGAUAAAUAAAGAGAUAAUUAAUAAGAAAGAGGUAAAUAGUAAAAAGGAAGAAUGUGAUAAAGAAGAAGUAAAUGAAAAGGAUAAAAUAAAUAAUAAUAAAGAAGUAGAUGAUAGAAAAAAUGAAGAAAAUUUAACACUAGAAGAAAUAUUAUAUGAAACAACAGAAAGAUCAAAAAGAUAUAACAGAAAUAAUUAUGGAUUAUUAGGAAUAUUAAAGGUUAUUAAAAUGACUGAUCCUCAUUUAAAUAUAUUAGCUUUAGGAACGGAUUUAACAACUUUAGGAUUAAAUUUGAAUUCUCCUGAUUUUCUUUUUUCAUCUUUCUCAUCUCCUUUAUCUGAUGACCCCACUAAUAAAGAUGAUUAUUUCACAAAACCAAGUUCAUAUUUAAAUACUCAAUUUCAAAUUCGCCUAUCGUUAUUAUUAAAAUUGCAAACAGAAACAUUAUUUUACAUUUUUUAUAAUUUGCCAAGAGAUGUCCUACAGGCUUACGCAGCCUCAGAACUUUAUAUAAGAAAAUGGUUAUAUCAUAUUAUUUAUAAAAAAUGGUUCACUCCAAAUAAUUCUUCUAAUUAUACAAAUUUAGAAAAAUGCUCUUCAUGGGUAUAUUUUGACCCAAUUACAUGGACGAAGAAAACAUAUGAUGAUUUUUUGAAUAUAGAAGAUAUAAUGAAUGUAGAAGAUGUUACUAAAUGCAUUGAACAUAUAAUUAAAUUACAAUCUUACUAUAACAUUAAUCAAUCAAAUAAUAGCAAAAAUGUUGAAUCAAAUGCAAACAAUAAUAAAAUAAGUAAUAAUAUUUCUAGCACUUUAUAG